AUGAUUGCCGGCCCCAAGAUACUCCCCCGAGCCGCAAGGAAGAGCGGCAGCGCGCCUGGCGGCGCCUACCCCUUGCUGGACGCCUGCGCGGCCAGGAAGAGCUCCGGGGUGCCCCACAGCAGCAGCGGCGGCAGCGGCCGUGGAGGCUGCGGGGGCGCAGCGCCAGCGACGCGUGGCACCUCCCCACUCCCAGCCACCGCCGACCGCUCAGAGGAGGAGGAGGAGCCUUGCGGCGCUGCCGCAGCGAUGAUGGCGGCGCUGAAGCGCGUCGAGGCGCCCGGCGACUUUGCCACCGGCGGCAGCCUGCCGCUGGUGCUGCCAAGCCUGGAGCUGGCGCUGCCGGGCGGCGGCGGGGGCGAAAGCGGCUGUGGCGGGGUCGUCGGCCUUCCGCUGUCGGCGCCAGCCGCAGAGGCGCUGCGGACGGCAUGUGAGCUGGCGCCGUUUGGGCGGCGGGAGGAGACGCUGCGGGACCCCGCCGUGCGCCACACCUGGCAGCUGGACCCCAAGGCCCUCCGUCUGCGCAACCCCGCCUGGCAGGGUGUGGUGGACCAGGUGGUUGCCAAGUGCCGGACCGCUCUGGGGCUGGGCAGCAGCGGGGUGGAGGCUCAGCUCUACAAGCUGCUUCUCUAUGAACCCGGCUCUCACUUCAUUGCGCACAGAGACACAGAGAAGGCAGAGGGCAUGUUUGCCACGCUGGUGCUGCACCUGCCUAGCGCCUACGAGGGCGGCCAGCUGGUGGUGUCCCAUGCCGGCAGGACCAAGACGUUUGACUAUGCCGCCGACAGCGCCUACGCCCUCCACUUCUCGGCAUUCUACGCCGACUGCCGCCACGAGGUAAAGCCGGUGACCAGGGGCCACAGGCUGGUCCUGAUCUACAACCUGGUGCACAAGGGGCAGGGCCCGGCGCCCGCGCCCGCCGACCACGUCACCGCCAUCGAAGCCGUCAGGCGGGUGGUGGCCGGGUGGCAGGCGGAGGAGGCGCCGCCACGCAAGCUGGUGUUCAUGCUGGAGCACAGGUACACGCGGGACGGGCUGCGCACGGGCCUGGCUGCUCUGAAGAACUCGGACCGUGCCGUGGGCGAUGCGCUGGCGGCGCUGGCGGAGGAGGGGCUGCUGGAUGUGCACCUGGCGCUGGUGGAGAGGACAGACACCGGCUACGACGAGAGCUACGACGGCGACAGGGAGGCGUCGGUGUCGUCGUUUGUGGCGCUGGAUGGGCGGCAGGCGCCUGAGCUGGGCAGCCACAGGCUGUGCGAGGAGACAGAGCUGUGCCAGGGCAGUGACUACUUUGAGCAGCAGACCCCGGAUGGGGAGGACUUUGAGGAGGCGACGGGCAACGAGGGGGCCACCUUCACCCGCUGGUACCACCGCACAGCGCUGGUGGUGUGGCCUAGGUGCAAGCACUUCAGCAUGCGGUGCCGCGGCGACCUGAAACAGGCGGUGGCAGGGCUGCAGAAGGCGGUGGAGCAGGGCUCGGAGCCGCGGGCGGUGCUGGCCCGCUGGGCACGCGCGGUGGCAACCUCCCUGCCGCGCAUCAACGGCACCGCCCUCCUCGCCAGCGCUCUCUCUGCCGUUGCGGCUCUGGGGGAUGCCAAGCCGGCGGCGCUGUGCCUGGCUGUGCUGGCCAAGCAGGCCCAAAGCCGCUCAGCGCUCCAUCCCGUCAAUCCCCUCGAGGCCGAGCAUGCACCGGCCGUGGUGGAGCUGUGCCGCGUGUACAAGUGGGCCCCGCAGUGCGGCGCAGCCCUGAGUGCGGUGGUGGGGCGCCUGUGUGCGGGCACCCCUCCCGACCUGGCCGUCGCCGCGGCGCUGCUGAAAGGGCUGCGGGCAGCGAGCGUGGGUGCGACAGCAGCGCAGCCAACGGAGCGCAGCAGCGGCGGCGGCGGCGGCGCCGGCCACCCGGCGGCGGCGGUGUUUGCGGCCGCGCUUGCCGGCGCAACCACGGCUCUUGCCGGCGCGGCGCGGCAGGAUGGGCCGGGGCAGGGGGCGGAGCGCCGCAGGGAACAGCAGGAGGUUGCGGCAGGGCUGCUGCAGGUGCUGGCGCUUGUGGAGGAGCGGGGGGACGCAGAAGCGCUGCACGCUUUCUUCACCACCGCCUUUGCCCGCCACUUCAUCACGGCUGCGGCCGGCGCCGGCGGUGCGCCAGGCGCCGCCGCAUAA